AUGAAUCUGGACGAUAGAUCGGCUGGCCAUCUACUCAGCACAAUCCCUGAAGUUUCUGAGGGGACCACGGCGAACACGCCCGAGUUCUCGUUGACACCUCAUCUACCGAGGGCCGCGCUCGGGAAGCUGUUGAGGAGGGCUAAUCCGGGGCAGCAUGAGAUACACGCCGAACGCCUGAACCUCUACCUCGACCGGAAUGAGGGCGACUUGGAGAAUAUGGAGGAGGACCAGGCCGAGGCCAAAAAGAGCCCCAAGGAGCGAUGGAAGAAGCGCCUCCGAAUAGUGCUCCCCCACGUGGGACUCGUGCUCCUCUCCGCUCUCUAUACGUUAUUGGGAGCCGCGAUUUUUCAUAAUGUAGAAAUGCCUUACGAGAUGCAAUUGCGCAACGAGUCAUGCACACGGGUAACGGCCUACAAAAAGGAGACGAUAGAAAAACUUUGGAAUUUGCGGUUAAACGGCUUUGCAGAGUUCGAGAGGACGGCCGACGAUGCGAUGGACCACAUCAUUCGGGACGUGUUUCACGAUUAUACGAAGAACUAUAUGAUCCCUGAUGAUAUUAUACACGGGGAUGGGCCUGUCAAAUGGUCUUUUGGGGCUUCGAUAUUCUUCUCGUGGACGGCGAUAACGACUAUAGGCUACGGUCAUAUCGUCCCCCGAACGUGGACAGGCCGAUGCAUCAUCGUCUUCUACGCCCUCAUCGGAAUACCGUUGAUCCUCGUCACCAUCGCCGAUAUGGGCCGCUUCCUUUCUGGCGGCAUCAUCUGGGUCCACAACACGUCUCGCAAAGCCCUAGGCCAAUGCUGGAGGCGAUGCUGGCGGUACCUGAAGUGUUGCUGCUGCUACGUGCAGACAAGACGGAAACGGGCACUGCUUGAUCAUCUACAUAAUCAGCAUCAUCUCGCCACUGUUGACCUCGACAAGCGGAAGCUCCGAAAGCGGAAUGGUCUUGAUAAUGUGUCCGAUGCGGGCACUUUUGAAGACAUCAGCGACAUUCACAAUGCGGACAGCGAGGGCAAAUCCGAGUCGGGCGAGACGAAUGCCCGGGCUGAUGAGGUGGAAUUUGAGGCGCCGCAUGAGAGACGCGUCUCCGUCAUAUUUGUCCUCUUCAUUAUGAUUGGCUACGUCGCCGGCGGCGCGUGGCUGAUCCGAUUCUGGGAGAACUGGGAUUUCUUCGACGCGUUCUACUUCUGCUUUGUGACCGUGACGACGAUCGGCUUCGGCGACAUCGUGCCACUAAAUGCCGACUUUUUCCCGCUGACCCUGGCAUAUAUCGUGCUUGGGCUGAUCAUCACAACAAUGUGCAUCGAUCUGGUGGGCAGUGAAUACAUUCGGGACAUACACUUCUAUGGACGAUCGCUGGGUCGAUCUUUUAUGACGAUUGGUGGAAAGGUUGUCCAUCUUGGCGAAGUGUUUGGAUACGUCGCUUUCCUGCAGAAGAAUUAUGGCUUGACGCCGGAGCAGCUUAAUAAGCUUGCUCAACUGCCGGAGGAAUAUCUUCUCGACUGCCUUAUAAAUGGGCGGCAACCCGACUUGAAUUGGAUCGGUGGACGCCCCUACGUGCCGCCAGAUAUUUAUUAUUUCAAGUGGAUCGAACAUCCGCGGACUCUUUCCUUCGCCUCAGAACGCGUGUUGGCCAGCAUGGAAAGCCUUGAUCUCAACACAAGCAGGUGUUCAACGGCACGCACACUGACGCCGAGGGAAUACUAUCAACGCAUCCUCUUCCAAUAUUGCAAACAAAUGCAACCAGAAGAUGCGCCCGCCGAUGCGGCCAACGAAGACCGUAAA